AUGUCGGUCACUGUAGCUCUGAUUGCUUUCAUCAGCAAUCAGGACCCUGGUACUAAAAUAGUAAUCAAACAUUUGCGAGGCAAUGAUGAAUUGGCAAAAGUGUUACAAAUAGACAAUUUCGAUGAGGCUAUUAAUAUAUACUACAAACUCGAUAAUCUAACUGCCAAACACGGAGGUGAGAUGUGCCUGGCAUUCAUGUAUUAUUAUCCACCCGUAAAGGGCGGUGAUAUCAGGAUUAAAAGUCUUAAAACUAGAUAUUGGUUGAACCCGAAGCCUAUGAUAUUAAAACCGGAUCAUUUAAAAAAUACCCGAUUAGAGGACUAUAUCCGCAAAAAAGUUGACUUCAGGGAUGACAUUCAACAAGAGGUCAGAUUGUAA